UGCACAGAUCAAGUGUACGAGACGCGCUCUUCAUCUGACCUGCGCUUCGGGCACUUUUGCCUUCAUUCGAUAUCGGAAUACUUCUAGAGGAACAUUCGCGGGAGGAGAUAAAACAUAGUUUCCAUAGGAAUAGGGAUUUCCGAGAACUUUUCCGACCCGUAGAAACAACUAGUUUGGAUUAGUAUUGCGGUCAAGCUAAUUAUUGGAGCGAGUUUUCGGACUUCAUAAUGAGCGCAGUUGCGGCCACUGAGGGCCUGUUCUUCUCUGCUUUACAGCCCAACACCUCGGUCACCACGUAUGCGAUCCCGACGGAUGAUCACCGCAGGAGGGAUCAACUGUCUAAAGUGAGACGCGUCCAGCAGCAGGUCCAGCAGCGCAUGGCGGAGAAAUCCGCAUCCUCAUCCCGACUCAACGCCUCCACAGAAUUUAACGGCCACUCGUCCACUGUGGCAUACCAAACCAGAAGCCCUGGAUUCAGUUCCAAAUCUAUGAUCUACAAUGGCAACAGAACAAUGGCGGCGCCUCGACUGUCUCAGUAUGCAGGGGAUUUUUCCUCUCGCUCUGCAGUGGAAACAGGCACUCGGCACAGGAUCAGCCUCGGUGUGCCCAUGCCUGCAGUGGUGGGUCGUCCAUAUACAUACCAUGAUGAUGCACAUCUGAGUAGCUCUUACAACCAGAUGCAAACAUCUGAAUCAAGGACGCUGAGUCGGACUGAGCAGGAGGUGGCAGCGAUGGCCGGGCUUUCAUUGCAGCGCCAACCAUCUCCUGUGGGGAACUGGAUGCCUACCUACGGCCAAAGCCCUUCACCCAACACUGCACACAGGCAGCGCACCCUUAGUGGGACGCUGGCGCGAGAGGGUUUCAACAGCGGAUGGAGGGAGGCAGAGUUGGCUAAUCAAUAUGCAUUUAAAGGCCCUUCCCAUCGGACCAUCAGCCGUAUAAACAAUCGUCAGGUGCAGCAGCAGCAGCAUCAGAGGCUGAGCGGCAGUUCAAUGCAGUGGCAGCAGAUGUCCACUGGGGGAAACAGUCUGAUGGGUGCGGGACAUUACCAGGGAACCAUCAAGAGAGCCGGGUCCGUGCAUAGCAUGAAAAGUGUGGGUCGUGGUGUAGACGUUUAUGAUGGAUUGGCCGAUGGAACUGCAGAUGGUCUUGGCGGAAUCCAUAACCUGGACAUGACCACAGCAGUCAGUUACCUCUCCUCCACCGACGUCUCCAUGCAGAUGUUAGGAGCAGCUUACAUACAGCAUCAGUGUUACCACAGCAAUGAAGCUAAGACCAUGGUGCGCAGUUUGAAGGGAAUCUCAGCGCUGGUGCAGCUGUUCAGCAGUGAGAACCAGGAGGUGCAGCGCUACGCUACAGGUGCUACACGCAACCUCAUCUAUGAGAAUAUGGACAACAAAACUGCACUUAUCGAAGCUGGCGGUAUUAGCAAACUAAUCGGUGCUUUAAGAGAACCAGAUGAUGAACUACGCAAAAAUAUCACAGGUAUUUUGUGGAACCUGUCAUCUAAAGAUAGUCUGAAGGAGAGGUUGGCCAGAGAGAGUUUGGCUGAGCUGACAGAGAGAGUGCUGGUGCCUCUGUCUGGAGGAGGAGAUGCUGGAGUCAUUCAACAGAGCGCGUCUGAGGCUGAUAUAUUCUUCAAUACCACAGGCUGCCUCAGGAACCUGAGCUCGGUGAAUGAAAGAACCAGGCAGCAGAUGCGGGAAACUCGAGGGCUGGUGGACUCUCUGGUGGGAUACAUUCAAAACUCCCUGCAGGAGGGUAAAGGAGAGAACAAGGGUGUGGAAAACUGUGUAUGUGUGCUGCGUAACCUGUCGUACCAGCUGUAUUCUGAGAUCCCGUCUUCAGUUCAGAUGCGUCUAGAAGGACCCACUCGAGCACAGGACACGCGGCACAGCGACGCCAUCGGCUGCUUCACACCACAGAGCAAGAAAGCAAAAGAUAGGAAUCAGGAUCUGACCACCUUCUCUGAAGUGGCUAGAGUCCCUAAAGGAGCUGAGUGGCUGUGGCAUCCUCAGAUAGUCAGUCUGUACAACCGAAUCCUGCAGAGCUGCGAGGCAAACACAGCCACGCGCGAGGCAGCGGCAGGAGCUCUGCAGAACAUCACAGCGGGAGACAGUCGGUGGGCCUCCGUGUUGAGCCGUGUGGCUCUGGAGCAGGAGCGGAUGUUGCCGGUGAUUCUUGACCUGUUGCGAAGCCCCACGGAUGCCGAGCUGCGAUCUCUAACCGGCCUUCUGAGAAACCUCUCCCGACACUGCAAAAACAAAGCCGAUAUGGCUACCAAAGUAGUGAACGUUCUUGUGAACAAGCUGCCCAGUGACGGACAUCAGAAAGAGCCGUCCAGUGACGUGGUGGUGAACAUCUGUGGGGUGCUCAACAAUCUGGUUACUGGAAGCUCUCUGGCUGCCAGAGACAUCACUUACUUUGAUGGACUGCCCAAGCUGGUCAGCAUUAAGAGUUCCCAUGACAACAGUCCCGGGAAGCUGAAAGCAGCGAGAGCCGCCUCCACCGUCCUGUCCAACAUGUUUCAGUACAACAAACUUCACAGAGACUACAAACAGAAAGGGUUCGCAAGACGAGAUUUCACUGAUGGGAUGGUCUAAACUCAAGUCUGUGGGAUUUUACAUGCUUUUACCACCAAAGGAAAUGAGAUCAACCUACUUCUCUCAAACACACACACACACGCACAUUGUUCAGCACUAAAAUCUUACUAAUACAUUUUGGUCCGCAGAAUCCUUGAGUAUUACAACAUGCCAGAUAUAUACAGCAUUUAGUCUAACAGACAGGCUGAGAUGCUGCAUAUGCUGUGUGUAUGUGUGUUUUAAUAGAAGCCUGUUUGAGAGAAAGCUGCAGAUAGACAUGACACAUUAACACACAUGAGUUCCUUUACAUUCUACAGCAACGCAUCUACAACACAUCAAAGACUAAUUCAAUUGCGUCAGUCCUGCUUUUACAUAGAUUUGAAGUUUAAGCCUUUCUGUUUAUCUGAAAAAUAUGAAGAUGUUUGUGCGCAGUUCAUAGGCUAGAAUUGUGAUGUUUAGAGGAAGAGAGGCUAAAGUGGAUUGUGAACUGAGAUGUAGUUGUGAACUAAUGAAAUGUAUUUGCUGGUUUUGCAAUAAAUAUUUGCAGCUUCUGCUUUUCAUGCAA